AUGUCCCCUGAAUAUGCAAUGGGAGGGCGAUUUUCAGAAAAAUCGGAUAUCUUUAGCUUUGGAGUGUUGUUACUAGAGAUAGUUAGUGGAAGAAGAAACUCCAGCUUUUGUGAUGACGAGCAGGCCAUGAGUCUAUUAGGAUUUGCAUGGAAACUGUGGAAUGCUGAAAACAUAAUGGCAUUAACAGACCCGAUGAUACGAGAACCAUGCUUUGAAAUGGAAAUUUUGAGAUGCAUACAUGUUGGGCUAUUGUGUGUGCAAGAUUUUGCUAAAGAUAGGCCAACUGUAUCUGUUGUUAUUUCUAUGCUUAAAAGUGAGACUAUUGAUCUGCCUCAUCCAAAGCAACCUGCAUUCACCGAAAGGCAAAUUGCCCCAAAUGCUGUCUCCCUUAACAAUGUUACUUUUACAAUGGUUCAGGGCCGAUAG